UCUGCCACAUGUAACUGGAUUUUGGAUUCUAAGCCAGAUCCACAGUUAAAUCUGGAUCCACAAGGCAGCCCUUUCAAGCCUCCACUGUUUUUCUAGAGUACGUGUUUUGAGAAAUUUAAGGUCACUAAGUAGAUUGAAAAGCGAUGAAGUUGCCAAAUUUCAGAAGUUGCCAAAUUUCAGUCCUUGGCCUCGCCCAAAGUGGAUGACAGCCCAUUUCACACUGGCGGAGGAGCAGAGGUGGUGCCUUGUGGACGGUAAACUGGACCUGGAGCGGAUAUAAAAAAGAGGCCCUGGGGAGCCAAGGCACCAUCAGGAAGAGACUCACUCCCAGUGACAGUAGAGAAGACAGCGCUGUCUCCUGCCAAGAUGAAGCUGCUGCUGCUGUGUCUGGGGCUGACCCUAGUCUGUGCCCAGGAGGGAAACUCUGAUGUUGUGAGAAGCAACUUCGAUAUUCCAAAGAUUACAGGGGAGUGGUAUUCCAUUCUCUUGGCCUCAGACCACAGGGAAAAGAUAGAAGAAAAUGGUGUCAUGAGGAUUUUUGUGGAGUACAUCACUCUCUUGGAAAAUUCUUCUUUGUUUAUUAACAUGCAUACAAAGGUAAACGGAGUGUGUACUGAGCUUCCUCUGACAUGUGACAGCACAGGAGAGGAUGGUGUAUAUACUGUUAGGUAUGAUGGAAAAAAUAUAUUUCGCAUACUUGAAGUGAACUAUAGUCACCAUAUUAUUUUUUAUCUUGAGAACUUCAGCGACUCGUACAAACUGCUAGAACUCUACGCCCGAGAACCAGAUACGAGCCCAGAACUCAAGCACAAGUUUGUGGAAAUUUGCCAGAAGUAUGGAGUUGUUAAGGAAAACGUGAUUGACCUGACCCAAGAGGAUCGCUGCUUCCAGGCGCGAGGGAGUGGAGUGGCCUAGGGCUGCAGUGUGCCACCUGAUUUGGGCUCCAGAAUCUUCUCUUCCAUGGUUCCCAUCUUAUGACAAGUGCUGGGACCUGACUUCCAUCACUAUCGCAUGUGAAGGCACCGUCUCUGCAUCUUCAGGAUAUUCCCUAAUUAUCUAGGAACACUUAGCAGCUCACCGAGAAUCAAAGUUUCCUCCAGAUUUCUGAUUCCCUUUGCCCCAUUCAGGACAACAGUGCCAUGAAUAAAACCUUCCUCAACCUGUUCAAUAAAUGAUUUGCCUUGCAAUCAA